AUGGGCACGUUGGCAUAUCUACGUGCACAUGACAUGCCUAUGGGAAGGGAAAUUCUAAGACUUGCUAGUCUUGGUGUCAGACUUGAUGAAACCGAAGAGGGUGAGUUAGUAGGAAUCCCGCUAGCACGGUUCGACAUUGUGGAAAGGAUCAAGUCCAAGCUGUAUGACAAUGAACUUUUGAUGAAACUGCGGGAUGGAGUAGAAUGGGGUGAGUACACUUCAGUUGGGACAGGUGAUAGUGUCCUACGGUUGCAAGGGCAGUUAUGUGUUCCUGAUGUUGACGGACUUCGACAAGAAUUGAUGGUAGAGGCACAUAGUUCUAAAUACUCUGUUAAGGCUGAUCAUCGAAGGCCUGGGGGCUUGGCUCAAAAUAUCGAGAUUCCGCAUUGGAAGUGGGAGGUGAUCAAUAUGGAUUUCGUUGUAGGUCUACCCCGCACAAAGGCCAAGUCUGAUUCGAUUUGGGUGAUCGUGGAUAGACUUACAAUAUAUUCCCAUUUUCUCCCUGGGAAGACGUCAUAUAUCGCGAUGGAAUAUGCCAAGUUAUAUCUAAAGGAGAUAGUUAUAUUGCAUGGGAUUCUGACAUCCAUCAUAUCUGACAGAGAUUUCGGAGGAAAUUGGGAUGAACAUUUACCUCUUGUGGAAUUCGCGUACAACAACAGUUAUCAAGCGAGUAUUUAG